AGCAUUUUCAGCUGUGCUGUACCCCUCACCCCCCCCCCUCAAAACACCUUCACGUUUCCAUCACACAAAAAGGAAUUCAGUGCGUAAGAUCACGUAGGUGCGUGCUGCGUCUCUGUGCCGACUGAUUCACCUGGCCGAUAUGGUGAAGAGAGUACGCACGCGCUUGGCGGCCGCAGAGGGUGACGAAGGCAGCUUUGGCUGCGGCUUCUGCGGCGCCCACCUGUGCGUUGCGGACGACGUCGUGUCCGACAACUUUCGGGGUCGCCACGGCAAGGCGUUUCUUGUUUCUCGGUGCGAGAACUCGUACUACGGUCACCAGGAAGAGAAACAGCUCAUGACGGGGCUGCAUCGUGUGCGGGAUGUCUUCUGCUCCAACUGUGAUCAGUACGUCGGAUGGGGAUACGACUUCGCUGUGGAUGAGCGCGAGAUGUAUAAGAUGCAGCGGUUUGUGCUGGAGCGCCAGCUGAUACGCGUCAUCACGCACGACCCUCUCUGCGGCGGCCUGGGACGCAAGAUUCCAGAGACGGCCGUCACCAAUUCGGUGCCAAUCGGACACUACUAG